GUUUCUCUUUUUUAAAAGAAAGGAAUUGCAUUUUGCUGGCGAUCGCGAAUCGUGCAUUAAAUCUGAGAUUUGAGCGGGAAGCAGAAAUCGGGCGAUGCAAUUUGUCCGCAAGAACGGUCGUGUGGUGCUGACAAAAUGGCGCCGGCAGGAAAUAGCCGGGUGGACGAUUUAACUUGCAGCCUUCACACCAAAGACGGGUGUAAAAUUACUUCACCUAAUGCAGUUAAUCUCUGGGGAAAAAAUGGUGGUUGUUUCGCGAUUCCCGAUGCGGGGACGUUGCUCGUGUUGUGUGAAGGACAGACAAACGGAAAGAAAAGGGGAAAAAUGGCUAGUUCUGCAGACAAGCCACUGGAGGGCAAUCUACAGAGCUUUAAGAUCUGUUAUGUGCAAGGUGAUCUGUUCUCAUGUCCAGAGAAGGAUGCACUGGCACAUUGCAUCAGUGAAGAUUGUAACAUGGAGGCAGGGAUAGCGGUUUUGUUCAAGAGGAAAUAUGGAUGUGUCGAGGAGUUACAAAAUCAGAAAAAAAAAAUUGGGGAUGUUGCAGUGCUACAGAAAGAUCAGAGAUGCAUCUAUUAUUUGAUCACCAAAAAGCUGGCAUCAGAUAAGCCUACUUAUGACGCUCUGCAGAACAGCCUCAAGGCUAUGAGGGACCACUGCCUGGAUAACGGAAUUUUGAAGAUCUCAAUGCCCAAGAUUGGAUGUGGACUGGACAACCUGGAGUGGGACAAAGUUUCUGCUAUAAUCCAAGAAGUCUUUAAGAGCACAGAUAUUAUAAUCACCGUGUACUCUUUGUAAGGUUAGCUUUGUUACAUGUACAACACUAUAAUUAGUAUUCUUUACGAAUAUUGUUGGGGACAGAUAGGCAUGAAAUGUUGACAGGUACUUUCAUUGGGUACCUGUUUGAUUCCCAUUAUUAGGUGGUUUAUGUUUUCUGCUUCUGUUGGCAGGUCUGAAUUUCCUAAUGUUUAAUCUGCUCACAAAAUCACCAUAUUUACGAUCACAAAUUUCAGUGCAGUGUGUUUCCAUAAUUUCUAUAAUGGAUUGUCAUUUAUGGAGAAAGACAGGCAGUUCAUUUUUGUUGGAGAAGUUUCAUGUCAGAAAUCUGAGGCAAUUCAAGAAUUUUCUUCAGUCUGUUAUGUAUCAAUGUGGCAACCAAUUUUGCAUGAAUUCUAACUUGCAACGUGAAUAUCCCUAUAUGUUCACCUGUUCACAUGUCCCUACUGUGUAAAUUUAUGAGAAUUAAAACUUUUUGUUGAAA